AUGAGCCCAAGUAACGACUCCACGCCCAAGGUGGCACAGUUUGACGGCACAAAAUAUCCGUUAUGGGCGUUCAAGAUGAAGAUGUACCUCAUCUCCAAGGGGUUAUGGGAAGCGGUUAACGCCACAUCUGGCGUCUCCGAGGCGAAGGAGCAGCAGGCGCAUGCGGCAAUCGUGCUCAACUUGAGCGAUACUCAGCUCACGCAUGUCAUUACAACGAGUAGUGCAUGCGAAGCAUGGGGAGCACUCGCGCGAGUUCAUCGGGCCCAAGACAUGGCAAGUCGGCUGUGGCUAAAGGAGAAGUUUGCGACAUUCAAGUUUACGGCAUCGGACAUGAGCGCCCACGUUAUGGAGCUGGAGCGGCUCGUGCUGGAAAUGAAUGGAGCUUCGUGUGGACCAAGUGAAGAAGAUACGUGUGCAACGGUGCUGCGAAUUCUCCCGGCGCAAUACGAGGGACUGGUGCAGGCUUUUCGCAUGAGCGUCACACAAUUCAGCUUUAAAGAUCUGGUGAGCAAGCUGAUCGCCGAGGAAGUGCGCAAGAAGGAUUCGACGCGCAUUGAAGACGAGACAGCGCUACAUGUCGGCAAACGACAGGAGAAGAAAAGCUUUAACAAAAGGAGCGGUGGUCCGCGGAAGACAGGGAAAAAGAAAGCUGCUAAUGGCGAGAGACAAGAAGACCACUCGAAUGUGGCGUUCACAGUAACUCAAGGAAAUACGAGCGACUGCUGGAUCAUGGACUGCGGCGCAACGGCGCACAUGUGCAAGGACAAAGACGCGUUUAUCGACUAUACGGCAUCACCGACGGCACGCAAUGUGAAAAGCGCGAAAAACAGUGCAAGCUUAAAGGCGCUUGGACAAGGCACGGUGAUCUUGCGUGUUUGGAAUGGCACGUUGUGGAUUAAUGACCGGCUGGAAAAUACACUACACGUGCAAGAUAUCAACAAGAACCUGUUCUCACUGACAGCAGCUACUGCACGCGGGAUGACGGUUGAAAUCACCAGCGACGGGUGCACUGUUUUGAAGAGCGGGCGAAUCGUCGCGUCAGGAAAGCGAUGUGGUAUGCUUAUCAAUCUAAAUGUCGAAGAAAGUCCACAAUGCCAUAUGGUGGAGGGUGAAGCUGAACUGUGGCACCGCCGACUUGGACACGUGUCAUACUCGACUGUGAACAAGCUGAUUCAAGACGGCUGCAUUAAAGGAAAAUGCUUGGACUCGAAUGUCGUCUGUGACAUAUGUGCAACAGCCAAGCAAGUACGCAAGACUUUCCACAGCACUAAGGCUGAUGCAGAAGCGAGGGAGAGUCAUCGUAUGGACUCAGUCAUAUGCUCGGAUGUUCUAGGACCGAUAACACCAGCAUCAAGAUCGACCUAUCGAUACGUUGCAACGUUCAUGAUGAUGAACAGCCGCUUUGCGAUGGUAUUCCCGCUACGAAAAAAGAGUGAAGUCACGAAAGCAUUAAAAAGGUGCUGUCACGAUAUCAAAAUCGAAUGCGGUUUGGACGUGAAGGUACUACGCAGUGAUAACGGCGGUGAGUACCGUAAUGACGAGAUGACUCGAUUCUGCCAUCAAAAGAUGAUAAAGCAAGAGUUCACAGUGCCGUAUAAUCCGGAGCAGAAUGGCAUGGCGGAGCGGCUUAAUCGCACACUAGUCGAGAUGACGCGCUGUAUGCUGAGCGAAUCCAAGAUGGAUAAAACAUUCUGGUGUGAGGCGAUGCUGACCGCUGUGGAUAUUCUCAACGUUCUUCCACGAGCUUCAAGUCCGAACCUAAGCCCGUUCGAGAUGGUGUUCAAGCGCAAACCUCGUAUGGAUAUAAUGCGCGUAUUUGGAAGUCUUUGCUACGCGCAUAUUCCCAAACAAAAUCGGAAUAAGUUGGACCCCUCCGGUUUGCGGUGUAUGCUGCUCGGAUACGCCAAACAGCACAAAGCGUAUCGACUUCUAAAUACAGCGACUGGAAAAGUGUUCGUUUCCCGGAGUGUGACUUUUGUGGAGACUGCCGAGGAACAGACACGCUACGAAGAUACGCCUAGUGUAAUUGACGUCGUUGGCGAUGGCGACGAUCUGCAGGAUCCGAGGGACCACGCAAUAAGCGAUGAGGGAACCUGCACGCCGGUACCAGGAAGUCCAAUUAUGACACCAAAUAGACGAGACGGCGAACAAGAGUGGAAUGUGAGACCAGCACGCAAGAAGCAAGCAAUCAAGCGCUACGAGCAAGAGUUUCCCAAUCUACGGCGAGGAACCUUCAACCUUGACGACUAUGACGCUAGCUACGCGACGCAGUACUGUUUGAGCGCUGAAGAGGAUGGUGAAAGCGCAUCGACAUACUCUCAAGUGUUGGAAAGCAAGUACAAGGACGACUGGAUACGUGCAAUGAAAAGUGAGAUUCAAGCUUUGACACAGCACGACACAUGGACGCUUCAAGAUUUACCCUCGGACAAAAGAUCAAUAGGUUGCAAGUGGGUAUUUCGCAUAAAGCGCAAACCUAACGGAGAAAUCGUGAAGUUCAAGGCACGACUCGUAGCGAAGGGAUUCUCCCAGCGUCCUGGUGUGGACUAUUUUGAGACGUUUUCUCCAGUAGCACGAAAAGAGUCAAUCAACGUUGCUAUAGCACUUGCGGCGGAGCAAGAUUUGAUAAUGGAGAACGUUGACGUUGACACCGCUUUCCUCUACGGCGAAUUCAAGGAAGAGAUCUACAUGGAUCAGCCGGAUGGAUUUGUGGACAAGCAACACCGUGACAAGAAGUGUCUGCUAAACAAAGCUUUGUACGGUACAAAGCAAGCGGCACGAGAAUGGAAUCAUCGUCUUAACGCACACCUUGAAAGCCAAGGGUUCACGCGUACGUCUGCCGAUCUCUGUGUCUAUGUGCGACAAUCGGAUACUCAAUUUAGUCUGGUGAUCAUUCACGUUGACGACUUGAUGCUCUUCGCUCGGACGCAAGAACACAUCGAUGACAUCAAGCGUGCACUCAAGACCGAGUUCAGUAUUAAAGAGCUCGGCGAACUGAAGUACUGUCUUGGCAUCGAAUUGACGCGUGAUCGCAAGAGCAAAUCUAUUCGAAUGAAUCAGCGUGCUUACAUCAAGCGUUUGACUGAGAAAUUCGGCGUCGACCAAUGCAAGGACGUGCACACGCCGUCAAACGAAAGUGAAAAGCUGACCAAGCUGGGGGACGAUGAUGAAUUCGUGCCGAAGUGGCCUUACCGUGAGCUAGUUGGUGCACUUAUGUACGUUGCAACGUGCACUAGACCAGACAUCAUGCACGCGGUAGGAGAAGUGGCUAAAUACUGCGAAAGGCAUGGAAAAAGCCACUGGAUCGCGGCCAAGCGUGUUCUGAAAUACCUGAAGACAACUGCAGAUUACAGCAUUGUAUUUCACGGCACCGAUAAGGGAGAGUUGCUCGGUUUUGCUGAUGCGUCAUGGGCAAGUGACCUGGAUUCUCGCCGCUCGACGACAGGCUACGUUUUCUUUCUGCACGGCAAUGUGGUGUCGUGGAAGUGGAAGAGACAACCGACAGUGGCGACGUCUAGCACCGAGGCUGAGUACAUAGCAUUGUACGCUGCAGCGCAAGAGGCGGUGUGGCUACGACUAUUACUGUCCGACAUUGGCGUAGAAGUUGGAGCGGCUACAACCAUCUAUGAAGACAAUCAAGGCUGUAUUGCGCUGGCGAAGAAUCCAGUCUACCAUGCAAGAACAAAACAUAUCGACAUCAAGUAUCACUUCCUUCGCGACAAGGUUGAGGAAGGCGUCAUUGAGCUUGAGUACAUGCCAACAGAAGCGAUGAUUGCAGACGGCUUGACGAAGGCUCUCGGGCUUACCAAGCAUGCCGUUUUUCUGCAAGGUCUACAUCUGGAAGUGUAG